AUGCUUCUUCUUUUAUUUUUAGUAAAUUUUAUUGAUGGAUUUGUUGUUGAUACUAGUUAUGGUAAAAUUCGAGGAUCAGAAAUCAUACACGAUGGAAAGUUGUUUCACAGUUUCAAGGUUUUCAAAAUUUUUAACUUCGCAUCAGAAAAAAAAAAUAAUGGCGUUCCAGAAAAUUCCUUAUGCUUCACCGCCUUUGGGAAACCUCAGAUUUCAAAAACCGGAAAAUCCUAAAUGUUGGAAUGGAAUUCUAGAUGGAACUAUCUAUGGUCCCGCGUGUUUAUCAAAUUCUACAGUUUCGCAUAGUUCGCCACGUUUGAUGGAUGAAGAUUGUUUGCAUUUGAAUGUUUUUGCGUCGGAUUUUUGUUUGGUAAGUAGGGUUUCUAGAAGACAAUAAUGUUUUCCGGAUUCUAAGGAAUUUGAGAAUCUCUAGAGUCUUGUGAUCAACUGCAAAAACAAACUAUAUACAAACCCCAAAACCUUUUUUCCAGAAAUCUGAUGAAUCCUGCGCUGUCGCAUUCUACAUUCACGGCGGAAAUUUGAACUAUGAUUCAGCUGUGAUGUUUGAUGAUUCAACACUUUUGAAAUCAUUUGCAGCCAGGGAUGUUAUUUUAGUGACUACUCAAUUCAGACUCGGAAUAUUUUCUCAUUUGAUAUUUGAAAAUCAGGAAAAUGUUCCUUACAAUAUCGCAUUUUUCGAUAUUUUGCAAGCUCUUGAUUUUGUGCAUAAAGAAAUUUGGAGUUUCGGCGGAGAUCCUGCAAAAGUCACACUUUUUGGACACUCAUUUGGUGGGGCCAUUUCGUCUCUAUUUCUAUUCUCCUCUGAAAUAAAUCAGGAUUUGAGUCUCUUUCAAAAAGUUAUAUCAAUGUCCUCGGUUGCCAACUUUUUACCAAAGGAAAUUCUGAGAAAUUUGACGGAAGAAUUGGUUGAAAAAGCUGCGGUAAUUUUUAAUUUGAUAUUUUGAAAAACAAAAAUGUUUUCAGUGUCAAUCAGAACAUGAUUCUGAAGUUCUUCAAUGCCUUCAGAAAAUGAAUGCCCUUGAAUUAUUGAGGUAAUUUUUAUUAGCGAUGAAUUGCCAUCACUUUGAAAAAAAUCUACAGAAUUCAACGAGGAAUGGAGAAAAAUCUAUUAACGACAUUUUGGGGUGUUAUUCAAGAACUACCAUUAUUUCAAAAAGGAUCUCUUGCUGAUUUUCACAAAAACCCAAAAAAUAUUCCGAUAUUAAUUGGAGCAACAACCAAAGAAUUAGAUGAUAACUUGGAUGAUCUACCAAUUUGUGAGAUUUUAGGAUAUAAAAAUGAGGAAUUUAUUUAUGAAGUUUACAAAAAUGGAUCUAAAGAAAAAGAUUUGAAGCAUUCUGAUCGAACUCAGCGAAUAUUUGUGGAUACUGUAGCUCGAGUUAGAAUUUUGAGAGACAAACAUAUUCCGGUGAGUUUUUAAUUGCUCACAAAUUUUACAAGGCUUCUAAUUUCAGGCCUAUCUUUAUCAAUAUUCAAAUCCGACACAUCCAUUUCAUACAGAUGAUUUAUCAUAUUUUAUGGGUGUUCAUAAUUUCAAUAAAUCAAUUGAUGAACAAAAAUUAUCGGAAGUUUAUCCGGAAUAUUUUAUGAAUUUUAUAAAAUUUGGAAAACCUGCGGAAAAUUGGGAAAUAUCAAAUGGAACUAGUUAUUUUGAUAUUGAUUGGAAUGAGGAAAAUGGAAAAAGACCGCAAAUGAGAAAUGGAUUUGAAAAAGAGGUAGGCUUGGAUUUUUGGGCUCAGGGCCGAUGGGCUCGGCCUGAAUUAUCGGAUAACAUCAUAAAUCUUAAUACUUUUUCAGAUAAUUGAUUAUUGGUUCGAUGAGAUGCGAGAACUUGAUAAAUCUAUUGAGGCCCAAAAGUCUGUCUUGAAGUAUAAAUCCCAAACUUUUCCAAUGCCACCAUCAAAUUCAGCUCUGCUUCCAUGGUUCUGGAUUUUACUGAUCUUCAUACUUGGAUUGAUCCUAGGAAAAUUAUGUUUUUCUAGCUCGAAAAAAUCUAUCUAUGUUCAGAUUCCUGGAAACAACUAUAAUUAUGAGAAAAUUGCUGAAAUUUGA